GUUACCCUUUUGAGCUUUGAAUUUUCACCUAUAUAAAAACGGCGUCAUUCAUUAUCACAAUUCACAACACCUGGUAAACAAAAUCCCUAUUUAGAGAACCAAAAUUCGAGAGAAAUUAAGUUCCAUUCGGCAAAAGUUAAGCAAAGUAUCCCCCUUUUUAAAAUAUUUUGUCAAUUAAUUGAGAAAUCGUUCAGUUUAGCAUCAGUAGAAGAGCAAUGAGGAGAAGAAUUCAACCCAGAAAUUAUUAUACAGAUCCAUGUUUGACCAUGCAUCAACCUUGGGCUUCUUUGCUUGUUUAUGGUAUUAAACGUAUUGAAGGUAGAUCAUGGCCUUCUCCUAUUCGAGGUCGGCUUUGGAUCCAUGCUGCAAGCAAGGUCCCAGAUGAGUCCACCAUAAAAGCCAUGGAGAAUUUCUACAGGGAGAUAUAUGCGUUGGAUGGUGUGACUGAUCUUAAAUUUCCCGAGCAUUAUCCAGUUUCAAAACUUAUUGGUUGUAUAGAAGUUGUUGGGUGUCUUAGAUGUGAUGAGCUAUCUAGUUGGAAAGCAGUACCCGAAGGGGUAAGGCUAGAAGCAUUGACGGAAUUCUGUUGGCUUAGUGAACAACCACAGAAACUGUUACAUCCUCUGAAGAUGCGCGGUGAUCAGGGUAUUUAUGACCUGGAAAGAAAGAUAGCUGAGGCUGCGGUUCGAGGUCUUUCUCCAGUUGAAAAUCCACAUUUAAUAAAAUUCCCGCUCUCAGAUACUGUUGAUUAUUUAAGGCCGGGGUGCGUGCCUUUGAAUCAAUUGGAAAAGAAAGCUGUUGGACCCAAGAAGCCACCGAGUUUGAUUGCUGCCAUAGAUGGUGCAAUCGUUGCAUCAACACAGUAUUCAAGGAAAGUUCAUAACACCCAAAAAGACACUUUGCAGGACAAUAAUGGGGUCAAGAAGGAUUUCUCAGCUGAGUUAAGAGGCAUCAAUUCGGAAGAAGAUAAACGAAAAAAUGGUGUUCGAACUGAAAACGAUUUAACAAUUAAGUUAAAAGGCGUCUCGUUGGGGGAUUAUAGAGGAAAUACUGGACUUGACUCCAAGUCUAAUGACAAGAUUGCUGGGAAGAAAAAAUUAGUUUAUGUGAAGAAGCAGCAGCAGCUAGUUUUUGGCUCUCUGGACAGAUCAGUAGAUGGGCAGCCCUCUGGCUCUUCUCUGAUUUUCUCAUCAGCGCUGAAAGGAAUAAGGCCGCUCUGACUUUCCAAAGCGCCCACAUAUCAGCUUGCUUUUACUUGGAUAGUCCUCAAUUCCAUGCAUUUUUCAACAUUUUACUUAAGAGCUUCGAUAUGGGUUAACAAAAUGUCGCAAAAUGAAUGAGACAUGGAAGUUAAAACGCACGAGCAGUGGGCCGUGGUUUACCGAAUGUUAUAGUAAUGUAUAGUUGUAUAUAGUUAGAGUUUUAUUAUGUGCAGUUUUUUGGAUAAAGAUCAUUAUAUGUUUGGUUCACUUUCCAGGUUAUUUACUGGAAGAAAAUAAUACAUGCUGCACUAGUUAUUUAUCUUCUGACUUAUUAUGCAGAUUAUAUGUUAAUCUAAUUUGUAAAGCAUCCUUGGGGUUAAAUGGGAUGUCCCUGGUUCGGUAUUCGAACCAAAUCUUCGGAUGACCCUCGAGGCCUGAAACGCCUCACGCGCCACCCUCCGAUCAGUUGGACUGGUGUAUCAUGCUGAAACCAUAUUAUUGUAUAUACUCUUGAUUUGAUUAUCUACGUAAGGCUCGGGCUUAUUUAGAGGGAAUAUUAUUCCAAAUUGUUAAAUUCUUAAAAGACAUCAUAUAAACAUAUAAAAAUUUGGUGGUCAAUACUCACUUGUUUGAUUUGAUUAUAUUUAGUUACACCCUUAUACGCUACUGAUUUGAAAUUGCUUUCCUGGUUUGAUAAUUUUUAAAGCAUUUUAAAACUAAUACUCCAAAUAUUCUAAUUAAAUGCUUUUUUUUUUUAUAAUAAUAAU